AUGUUCUCGCUCGGCAAAGUCGCUACCUUCGCGCUCUUCGUUCUCGGCGUCGCCGCUUCUGCUGUCCCAACCAAGCGUCAGGAGAGCGCUGUCGAGAUCCUCGACAAGCUCGCCUCGGACGUUAGUCCCAUCGCUGCGAAGUUCGCUUCGAUGACACCCGCUACUGCGAACGUCUUCGCCGUGCAGGGCGUCGUCGCCCAGAUCAAGCCCCUCGUCUCUGAGGCGUCGACCAAGAUCGCCGCGCUUCCGCGCGGCUCCGCUGACAAGACGGCCACAAUCAAGUCCCUGGCCAACGUCUUCAACGCUAUCCUCCAGCCUAGCCACAAGCUCGUGACUACUCCGGGUGUCAACGCGGUCACCAUCAUCCCUAUCUUCACUCAGCUCGGCGCUACUCUUGCGGCGCUCCUCGCGAACGUCGUGACGCUCGUCGAGGAACUCCUUACCGCUGUGGUUGGCAUUCUCCAGGGUCUCAUUACGGGUCUUGACGGUAUCCUGGGCAACCUCGGCCUCACUGGUCUCACCGCAGGGGGCUUCUAA